UCAUUCAUAGUGAUCUUCUGUCAUGGUUUGGGUGAUACAGGACAUGGAUGGGCUGAUGUCAUGGAGAUGAUAGGUGAGCAUAACCAACAUAUCAAGUUCAUCCUUCCAAAUGCUCCUAUCCAGCCAGUGACAAUCAACGGUGGUUAUCGCAUGAACUCAUGGUACGAUAUCAAGACUCUUUCAGAACGAGGAACUGAAGACAAGGAUGACGUUGAGAAAUCAAGGGCAAUAAUUGAGGAAAUCAUCAAGAGUGAGGUUGAUGCAGGUAUCCCAUCAGAAAGAAUAAUCCUGGGAGGCUUCUCACAGGGUGCAGCACUCUCUCUUUACACGUUCUAUCAUUCACAACACAAGAUGGCUGGAUGUAUGGCACUAAGUGGCUAUCUACCACUGAGGGCUUCAUUCUCUUCACUUGGUCCAAACAUAGUCAACAAGCAGCAACCACUCAUAAUGUUCCACGGCGAAGAGGACCAGGUCGUACGUUAUAGUUGGGGACAGUUGUCAUUCGAGACACUACAGACUGAGGUUGGAGUCAACGGCGAGUUCAUUACCUACCCAUUCAUGGGCCAUUCCUCUAGCGAACAAGAGAUCAUCGAUAUGACUGCCUUUGUAAAGAAGAGACUUCCA